AUGUACCAAGGAUGGAACCAACAAAGAUGGGAGGAGCCUCAAGGAAUUAAUGCUUGUCUUACCAUGCAUAAGCUGAAGACGGGUGCUACAUUCGCCAAAGGUAGAAUGGACAAGAAUGCCGGAAAUGAGAGAAGGAAAGGGAAAGGUGUCCCCUCGCGCGGCGGUCCACUGAGUCUUUUGCCUCUGAAAAUAUGGGUUAUGAUUGCCGCGAGGGUUGGAUCGACCUCGAUCCGGGAGCUGUUUAACAUGCAGGCUACGUGCAAUGUUUUUUGGGAUGCAACCCGUUCAACUGCGGUGUACAAGGUGGCUUCUAUGGUGGAACUACCCAUCGGUGACUACUACGAUGAGCAGCCUGAGCGGGGGUUCCUCUACAGAUGUGAGGACGCAGGAAAUCCGGCCGCUAUAUUCCGCAUAGGGAUGACGGAAUUCUUCUGGAUUGGUCGCCAAGUCGGAGGGAUGAACACCCUGGUUUAG